AUGGAUCCUUUGCUGAUAAAAAUUGAUGAUAUAAAUUACCGAAAUGAAUUUAUUGAAAUGUUGGAAAAACGUCGAAAUAAAUUACAACAAACAAAAUCUAACGAUUUAUAUCCUCAAGAAGAUCAAAAAUCUAUUUGUGUUAAAAAUAAUAAAAAUUUCAAUGAAUAUAAACAAUCAACAAGUAAUCAAGAUGCUUGUAUAGGUAAUGAAUUAUGUUUUAAUGACACAACAAUUGGUCAACAAAAUUAUUUCAUAUCUUCCAAUAUAAAUGCUGAAAAAAGUCAAAUGGAAUUUUUACUUCAAAUUUGUGAAGCACAAAACCGAAUAAGAAAUGCAUUUAUGGAUUAUGAUGAACAAGAAUUUUUAUCUAUGAAAUUUAAUUCAUUACAAGAUGUUUUAAAUUUUGGGCCAAAUAUUAUUUCAAAAGCAUCUGAAUUUUCGGUAAAAAAUAAAAAUAUAAAAUGGGACACGCCUGAAACAUGCCCUAACAUGUUUCAAAAUUGCUCAAUCUUUCUAAAUUUGUAUAAAACUAUUCCUCUUAUCGAGUUGAGGAGAUUAGUACCAAAAUUUAUAAAGGAACAUGUUAGUGAAAUGCCAAGGCCUAUUAGUUCAACUGAAUUUUACGAAGAAAGUGCACAAUUUUGUCAAUAUACUUAUCGUGUUGCUAAAUUUUUUCUUGUUCAGAAACUUAUUUGUAUUGGAAUUUUUAAGUCUUUACCUGUUUUUUCGAAACUUGAUGUUAAAGAUCAAUUAACCAUUUUCCAAUAUGUGGCACAUCCAGUAUCACUGCUUGGCGUUUACUUUGCUUCAUAUAAAUUGGGUUCUCGUACUAUGAUAGGAAAAGAUGGUUUUUAUCCCAUGGCUGCUUUCGCUUAUCAAUUUAGUUUUAAAAAUGAUAAAACACUAUUCUCUCUGGCAAAUAAAGUAUUAAGUAAACCGAUAGAGCCUUUUUUUGACAUUGGAAUUUCUAAAGAAGAAUUUAGUUUAAUUUUGGCUAUUGUUUUUUUAAAUCCAGAUAUCCCAAAUUUGUCGGAAUCAGCGAGAAAUAUUCUUUCAAAUGAAUUUUCUUAUUAUUCAAAAAUGUUACUUGAUUAUUUACACAAUAAAUUGGGUAUAGAUGCUGGAACUAAAAAAUAUGCUGAAUGUUUUCAUUUAAUUACAGCCUCAUUUAUUGGAGCAAAAAACCUUCAGUUAUUAAUAACCUACCAAGAAGCUUUCUAUAAACGUCCAUUAGAAAGCUUUAUAAUGCCAAAAUGUUUUAAAGACAUAUAG